AUUAUAAAUCAACUGGACAAGCUAGAUGCAGGAAAUGUAUUCCCAAUGUUGAGCGAGUACAGAACUAGGGGCCACAGUCUUAGAAUAAAGGGGAUGCCAUUUAAGACUGAGGUGAGACAAAAACCUUUUCUCCCAGAGAGUUGUCAAUUUGUGGAUUUCUCUGCCACAGAGGGCAGUGGAGGCCAAAUAUCUGGAUGGAUUUAAGAGAGAGUUAGAUAGAGCUCUAUGGGCUAAUUGAAUCAAAUGAUAUGGGGAGAAGGCAGACACAUGUUAUUGAUUGGGGAACAUUAGCCAUGAUCACAAUGAAUGGCGGUGCUGGCUCGAAGGGCCGAAUGGCCUCCUCCUUUCUGUGUUACUGUGUUUCUAUGCAUAUUUCAGUUUCAGUCUUGUAAUAUCAGUGAUGCCAUGGUAAGAAUGAUUUUUUUUUUUGGAAAAAAACAAAACUGGAAUGGUAGAUGGGCUCAGUGGAGAUGUCCAUCGAAAUCACACCAACAUUAAAUGCAAUAACACAGUGGCAUUGAGUAUUCUUUCAUUGGAAAGCAUGAAUUUUUAUUUUCACUGAAAAAUACACAAAGUGCUGGUGUAACAGAGGGUCGGGCAGCAUUUUUGAAGAACGUGUAUAGGUGACGUUUCGGAUGGAGACCAUUCACCAGACUCUUUUUUCAGCGACUCGCUUUGGGUUUUUUUUUAAUCGAUCCUUAAAUUAUACUCUUGUAAUCUCCCAUGGUGCAGUCAAUGAGGCAAGGUGUUUGUUCCGUGAGUGUCACUAAUGACAAUCAGCAGGUAUGAGGUCAUGUCGCUGGAGAAAUAUCGCUCUAUAUAUCUCGAUGCCCACCAGAAGGCAUCGCCACAGAGCUGCAGCGAUGACGGAUUGACGGAGCCGCAGGAGUUAAUUGUCUUCCAGCUAUGGGGUAUCCAUUGAUCUAUCGAAUUGAAGAUAUAUAUUACCCUGCAAUAGCGACUGUCGCUGUUUUCGGUAAUUUGGUUUGUCUCUGAUUUUCAUGUACGCGCAUCAGCUGUGAGACAUUCGUCUACUCCAGCGCUGCCGGCGUUAAACAAACAUUGUUUCUGUUUCAAUAAUUCACUUGUUUAAUUUGGUCAGACAUCCAUUUUCCUACUGCACCCGCCGCAAUGUGUACAUAAUGCCCGUUGUAAAUCCUGGCGUGGAUCACUGUUUGUACUGAGUGCGUCGGCCAGAGAGAUGACCAGAGAGCAAGUAUCAGAUAAUCACACCCUGAUAUGUAGGUCAGGAGCUGAGAGAAUGGCAACUUGGGUUCCUUCCGUGGAGAGUCUGAAACGAGUUCGUGAAAUUACAUGUAUUCCCAAUCGGACAAACCUGCUUAACUGAGUAUAUAAUCGAUAUAUUUUCUGCACUGGUCGCUGCGUGACGUGUAAUCCCGCUUUAGACCUGUAAUGCUACAGCUCAUGAGAUAAAGCAAGUGAAUGUCACGAGCUGGGAUCUGACUCUAUGAAAGUGUCACGACUAUACUAUGAUUUAACCUCAGAUGUUAAUUCAGCUGUAAACAGAUGCUGUCACGUAAUUUUAUAUCAGUUAAUGUUAUGUAUUAUGAUAUCUUCUCCUUAGGACGAUCUGUAAAUUCGAAUUUAUAUCCGCAGAUGGAUCUGUACAUGCUCACCACCGCGCCACCAUCAGUACUGCCGGCACGGGUGGAAAUCCUGCGGGAAGGGUGGGCGGGGGGAAGUCCCCACCGUGCUUUGAGAGAUGGGGACAAUCCCACCCAUGUUUUGUGCUCCGGAAUUUAUCAGAUGCUUUCUAAGGGCUGAAUCGGCGGGGCCUUUCACCGCCCGGUGCAGCUUAAAAUGAACCUGCUGCAACCAGGUGAUCGAGGCUCCCCAUGUCGAAGCCCCCGCCGGUCGAUGAAAGGCCCCGCGAACGGGCCGAUUCAAGCCCCACGAUUCGGGGCGGACGAAGCUGCUGUUGCUGAAGUUCGUAGUCGGUCACCAACCAGGUCACCCCGACCCCCCCCCUCCCCCCCAAUGUUUUGAGAGCAGUUCCGUGGACGCAGGUUCAAUCUCUACCCUCCCGUGCUUUAUGAGCAUCUCGUAGUCCUACUACACGCUAAUCUUGGUCGUGCCCAUGGUUCCUCCCACGUGCAAUUGAUCUGCCUAUUAAUGGUUUAAGUAACUACUGUCCAUGGGAUAGUGUAGAUGGAUUUUACAAUCUGGGGACAUUGAUAAGAACGUGGGCAGAAUUAAAAGCUGUGAACGUAAUAUACAUUGGAGCGUUGCUACAAAACCUACCAUCAGCGGCGCUUCAGAUAUGCCACUGCCUGUGUGUGCGGCUCCGGAGCCUUUGAGGCGGGGGGGGGGGGGGGGGGAUUUAAAUGCAGGUCUGUAUUGCUUGUCGGCGAGGAAUGUCCUUGGGCUGCUUGUCGAUGGAAAAAAAUCGAUUGGACUUCCGUUCCAGAUGUCUUUUUUAAUCGCUGGACAAUUUAAUCGUUGGGUUAAAGUAAAAAGCGACUUUUACCGUCCUCAACGCCUUAACCGUGACGGAUCGUAAUAUCAGGGUAAAUCAAAAGACGUCUCCGAAGAAGACAGGCAAGAUUGACAAUCCAAAUGCCCAGCAAAAGAGACUGAUUUAGACAGCAUUCGCAGACUACUCUCCAAAUGUGAUGAUCUACAGGACAUUCUUAAUGGGAAAGUAGUGGGCAGAAAGGCAUGUCAUGCGUGGUUUGAAGAGCAACAACUUGUAGUUUAAAAUGCCAAUAUUGAAAAGUUGAGGAAAAACAAGGUGUACAGAGUUGCUUAUUGGUUACAAUCUGCGGAGUAUGAUGAUGCUACUGAUUAUGAUAUGCCAAUGUACCAGCUAGCAGCUGAUCUUCUCCAUAAAGACCUGGUCUAUUGCUAGAAAUUGUAAUAUAUUUACGUAUCCGUUACGGACUCACAGCCUAUAAUACAAUAAUAUUAAAUUUAUGAUCUUGAGAAUAUCACAAGUUGAAUUUUCAAGUCAGUCUGGGUGUUUGUCACUAUUUCCAUCACACCAUUGUAGGUCCAUUUUGCAAUUAGCUACAAUUAGGUAACGAUCUAAUUGUAUGCUUUAAUUUCAGGUCAUCCAAGUAAGAUGUUUUAAAUUUUUGUUUUAGAAUGCUUCAAUCUAUAAUAACUGAACAUUUUAUUCACUUCUCUUAAUUUUAUGAAAGUUAUGGGCUUUUCACUGUCCUCGAUCACAGCUUUGGUGUUAAUUCAAUGGAAAAGCAAACGGGAACAAGAUGAAAAUUUCCGAGUAUGCACAUGGCCAUAGCUUUUUUUUUAAUACUGAAGAUUUGCAAGUGAAUUAGGUGUCAAAUUAAAGUUAUUUUUAUGUUUUAUCUGAUGGGACAAAUUGCAGGCUUGAUUUUAAAUAUCUGAAACUUGUGUAACAUUCCUAUUCAUUGGUGUUUGAUGAGGUGUGUGGACACCGUGGUCGAAAGGCUGCAGUCACUGAUCUUUGUCUGGGCUAAAGGUCAUUUGAUCAACCAAAUUUGAAGUUUGAAAACCUUCCAAUCAGACGUCCCUCAGAACCUGUUGUGCGGGCCUUAUAUCAGUAAUAUCUCUUUUCUCCUUCACAGUGAACUUGUUGGCGAUUGUGAUUCUCUGUCGGGGUAAAUGCGGUCUCUCCAAAUGCAUCACUCUCUACCUGGUGGCCAUGGCAGCGUCUGAUCUCCUGGUCGGCAUCACCGAUCCGUUUCUGCGACAGACUAUUCAAAUUCACUUCCCAUAUUCGUUGCUGAACAUUACUCCCAUAUGCGCGACUACCGAAGCCCUGGUCUUUGCAAUCACCGCAGUCUCUGUUUGGCUGACGGUCGCCUUCACCUUCGAUCGGUUUGUGGCUAUUUGUUGUGAGAAGCUGAAAACAAGAUAUUGCACUGAGAAAACGGCGGCUGUAAUUAUCGGGGCAGUGAUUGUGCUGGGCUGUUUGGAAAAUGUCCCGCAGUGGUUUAAGUACGAAUCAGCGAACGAAUUUGAUAAUCUUACCUGGGAUUGCUCCGUUAAAUCCACCUACUAUACGUCGUCUGCUUGGGUCGCAUAUCGUGUCAUGCACCGCGUUCUAAACCCUUGUAUCCCGUUCUUUCUGAUACUUCUGCUCAAUGUGCUGACGGUCAGGCGGAUUGUAGCGGCCAGCAGAGUCCGCAGGGGUCUCCGGGGCCGCAGCAAUGGGGAGAAUUACAAGGACCCGGAGAUGGAGAACCGCAGGAAAUCUGUGGUUUUACUCUUUAGUAUCACGGGCACUUUCAUAUUGCUGUGGGCAGCACAGGCCAUAUUUUACAUUUUCACGGGUAUUGCGAAGCUGCGAGUUGACUACACCCCCACCGGUAUAUACUAUAUCACAAGGGUCACGUCGACGUUCCUGCAGCUGCUCAGUACCUGCACCAACACGUGUAUUUACGUGUUGACCCAGAGUAAAUUCAGGGCUGAGCUGAUUCACGCGGUUAAAUUCCCAGUGAGUGCAAUUCGGUCACUUGUACGUUCGUGACCCUCUCAUCCACGCCGAUAGUUCAACCUACCGAUGGUGGCCGAUUAGGAAAAGGGGAGAUGCAACGAGACCUGAGUAUCAUGGUACACGAGUCACUGAAAGUAGGCAUGCAGGUGCAGCAGGCAGUGAAGAAAGCGUAUGGUAUGUUAGCAUUCCAUAUAACCAUAUAACCAUAUAACAAUUACAGCAUGGAAACAGGCCAUCUCGGCCGUACAAGUCCGUGCC